UUGCGGCAAGCAAAACAGUUCGGUGAUUGUUUGAUUGUCGGUGUACACACGGACGAUCAGAUUGAACUGCACAAAGGACCGCCGGUUUUCAGUGAACGUGAGCGCUACCGCAUGGUGCGUGCCAUCAAAUGGGUGGACGAGGUUGUCGAAGGUGCGCCCUAUUUAACAACAGUGGAUACGUUGGACAAGUAUAAUUGCAAUUUCUGCGUACAUGGUGAUGAUAUAACACUGUCUGCUGAUGGCGUCGAUACGUAUGCCGAUGUUAAACGACAUGGCCGAUACCGUGAAUGCAUGCGUACGCCUGGAAUCUCCACAACGGAUUUGGUUGGACGCAUGUUACUUCUGACAAAAACUCAUCACUCACAUGGCGACGAUAUUACCGCACACGAAGAGCGCGCUCGAUUUUUGUCUACGGAUCAAAAAGCAGUAUCACCGUGGACACGAGUAUCACGUUUUUUAGCAACCUCAAGGACAAUAACUCAGUUCGCAGAAGGCCGUUCGCCUGGAAAGCACGAUGUUGUAGUAUACGUUUGUGGAGCAUUUGACUUAUUCCACAUCGGUCAUUUGAGCUUUUUGGAGGAAGCGCGAAAACUUGGCGACUAUCUGAUUGUUGGCAUUCACAGUGAUCAGGUAAUAAAAAAUUUAUUUCAUUUUUAUCACCAAAAAAAUUGGUGA